GGCAACAAGUGUAAACAGGACAGGAUCAUGGCCACUAACUACAGUGCCAACCAGUAUGAAAAAGCUUUCUCGCCCAAGUACUUGCAGAACUGGUCUCCAGCCAAGCCAACAAAAGAGAGAGCCUCUACCCAUGAAGGUUACACUCAGAUUAUUGCCAACGAUCGAGGUCAUCUCUUGCCUUCGGUGCCCCGUUCCAAGGCAAGUCCUUGGGGUUCCUUCAUGGGCACCUGGCAAAUGCCCCUGAAGGUGCCACCUGCUCGGGUGACCUUGACCUCCCGCACCACUGCUGCUGCUGCCUCCCUCACCAAAUGGAUCCAGAAGAAUCCUGAUCUACUCAAGGCCUCUAAUGGACUGCGCCCUGAAAUCUUAGGCAAGCCCCAUGACCCUGACAGUCAGAAGAAACAGAAGAAAUCUGUCACAAAGACUGUACAGCAAGCAGCAAACCCGACCAUAAUUCCCAGUUCCCCAACUGUCGAUGGUGACAACUCAGAUGGAAUUCAAAGCUCACACCCCUCUGCAGGCCAUACACCAGGGCCCCAAACUCCAAUUAACUCUCCCAAGUCCCCACCUGCAAGCCCGUGUUAAGACUCUCAAGCAAGUAGGUCCUUGUCUAGCUGAGACCCAGACUUGCAAAGCUCUAACUCUGCAGGGGAGGUGUCUCAGGAGACAUUUUAGGGACUGACUGGAAUACAGAAGACCCUGUAUUCAGAAACAUAGAACAGAGAAAUGGUGGGCCAGGAGGAAAGGCAAAUUUGGGCAAAUAAACAUUGUUAAGUCUUUUACUGACCUGGGUUUUCUCCUUGUUCUAUGGCUGUCUUUUGUAACCCAUAAUUUGAGAGAAGGCAGGGAAAGAGUAGAGGAAAGAACACCAAGACGUCUUUACUUUGGUUUUUCGAGACAGUGUUUCUUUGUGUAGACCAGG